GGGAGGCGGGAGACGAGCGCAGCGGGGCAGAGCACAAGCGAGUGGCUGCCUCGCCUGCCGGCUUUCAGGCGGCGCCCCCUCAGCACUUUCCUUCCAGCCCGGCAGGACCCGCGGACUUGCCUGGAGUUGGUCCCGCGGCAGGAGACUGAGCCCGGCGAAGAGGCGCCGCUGAGGCGCUGUCCUGCUUCCAGCACUAGUAGCCGCGCUGCAUAUCUGCCAGUUUGCAGGACCGGGCAAAGGAGGGCGCCUUGCCCGCCUCUUCGGGGGUGAGGGUGAGGAUGGCGAGGGGUUUGUGCAGAGCGGCGGCCGCCAUGGGCGUGCUUUGAACGAGCCCGGGCCCUCCUGCUGUGACUGACCUCGCCCUCGGUGGCGCCUGGCAUGGGCUUACCCCCCUUCCCCGGCCCCGACGGGGCGCCCCUCCGUCUCUAACCGCCGCCUCCGUCCAGCUUUACGCCCCCUCCUGCUUGGGGAGGGGUCGUCCAGCGGUUGAGCUGGCUUGGCCGAAGGAAAAUGCUAGGCGGGGGGCUGCUGGCCGGCAUUUCCGUACUCAGCCUCCUCACCUGUGGUUACCUGGCGGGGGAGCUGGAGGGUGCGAGCAGCGCGGCGGAAGGGACCGAGAGCGAACUGCCCAGCUCGCAGCCGCACCUCAUUUUCAUCCUGGCCGACGACCAGGGGUUCCGAGACGUCGGGUACCAUGGCUCGGAGAUUAGGACGCCCACCUUGGAUCAGCUGGCGGCCGAAGGGGUGAAGCUGGAGAAUUACUACGUCCAACCGAUGUGCACGCCAUCUCGGAGCCAGUUCAUCACUGGAAAGUAUCAAAUCCACACAGGUCUUCAACAUUCAGUCAUAAGGCCUACCCAGCCUAACUGUUUACCUUUGGAUAAUGCAACACUACCUCAGAAGCUGAAGGAGGUUGGCUACUCAACCCAUAUGGUUGGCAAAUGGCACUUGGGAUUUUACCGCAGAGAAUGCAUGCCAACCCAGCGAGGGUUUGAUAGUUUUUUUGGCUCUCUCUUGGGGAGUGGCGAUUAUUAUACACAUUACAAAUGUGAUAGCCCUCGAAUGUGUGGCUAUGACUUAUAUGAAAAUGACAGUGCUGCUUGGGAGCAUGAUAAUGGAAUGUACUCAACACAGAUGUACACACAGAGAGUGCAGCAAAUUUUAGCCUCCCACAACCCCAGAAAACCUAUAUUUUUAUACAUUGCAUACCAAGCUGUCCACUCACCACUUCAGGCACCAGGCAAGUAUUAUGAACACUACAGGUCAAUCAAUAAUAUAAACAGACGCAGGUACGCUGCUAUGCUGGCUUGCUUGGAUGAAGCUAUUCACAAUGUGACCUUUGCACUGAAAAAAUAUGGCUAUUAUAAUAACAGUGUUAUCAUCUACUCUUCAGACAAUGGAGGACAGCCAACUGCUGGUGGAAAUAACUGGCCUCUUCGAGGAAGCAAAGGGAGUUACUGGGAAGGAGGGAUUCGAGCAGUUGGUUUUGUGCAUAGCCCUCUACUCAAAAACAAGGGGAGUGUAUGCAAAGGACUUAUACAUAUAACAGACUGGUUUCCUACUUUGAUCACAUUAGCAGAAGGACAGAUUGAUGAAGACACCCAACUGGAUGGCUAUGAUGUGUGGGAGACUAUUAGUGAAGGAAGACGGUCUCCCAGGGUAGAUAUUUUACACAAUAUUGACCCAAUCUACACCAAGGCGAAAAAUGGCUCGUGGGCAGCUGGCUUUGGGAUAUGGAACACAGCCAUUCAAUCAGCCAUCCGAGUGAACCACUGGAAACUACUGACAGGCAAUCCAGGAUACAGUGACUGGGUCCCUCCUCAGUCCUUUAGUAAUGUAGGUCCCAGUCGCUGGCACAAUGAAAGGGUUUCUUGGACAGCGGGUAAAACUGUGUGGCUGUUCAACAUAACUGCUGACCCAUAUGAGCGAGUGGACCUGUCCAGUAAGUAUCCAGAGGUGGUAAAGCAGCUGUUGCGCAGGCUUUCACAGUUCAAUAAAACUGCAGUGCCUGUUCGAUAUCCACCGAAAGACCCAAGGAGUAACCCAAAUUUUAAUGGGGGCGUUUGGGGCCCUUGGUUUCACGAGGACGAAAGGAAGAAGAAACCAAAUAAAAACAAGGCAGAAAAUAAACAGAAGCAAAAUAAAACCAAGAAGAAAUCUAACAGAAAAAAGGGGCAUUCCAUUGAUUGUCUUGUGGGUGGAUAGUUUCAGCUGCUGUUGUAUGCUACAAUUCUAAACACGGUUGCAAGGAAAGAAAUGACCAAAAAAAAAGUCUGUGGGAGCUUUUCCAGGGAAAUGUGACUAGGCUCAGGGCACCAUUAUUUAAAGUACAGCUAAAUGGUCUCUAACAACUUUUCCCUGAAGUUCUAUCGCAAUGCAAAUACUACUUUUACUUCAGUGCCAUUUUUACUUGGUCUUCCAUUGUGGUACCAGAAAUGUGUUACUACCUAUCCAGAAAAACCUCUUCACUAUGCAUUAUGCUCCCUACUAUGUGUCUGACUUGGAACUCUAGUUCAUAGAACUCAUGGUGAUAAGAUUAUGUGCUCAGAUUGACCUGCUUGUUUUAGUAAUGGUGAAAAAAAAAUCCACUGGUAAGUGUUCAAUGCAGACCGAUCAAAAAGGAAUUAAACACUCAAUUAAAUUAAGUUUGAGUUUUCUCCUUAUGUUGUUUUGAUGAAACAUAGUCAAUUUAAGCUACUAGAAUAGAUUGGAUAAGUUGUCAGAAAGCUGCUUUUAAUUAAAUUUUGCUUGUCUUUCAGCUGGAAAGGAUUUUUUUUCCUUUCCAGAAUGUGCCAGAGUACAGUACUUUCCAAAAGAAACAUGCUCUUUUCUACACACACAUACAAAACUGCUAGAGCAUGGUUAUGAUUACAGAUAGAUGUAAACUGCAGUGCUGUAUUAUGUGUCCAUAGCCCCUUUUAAAAAAGCAUUGCUUACAUGAAGUUGUGUAAAGAAUUGUAGCUGUAGAAUGGAGCUGCUGAAGGGUCCCUUUGGGCCCUCAGAAAAAGUCACCUCCAUCCAGUCAUCCAGAUCCAACCAAACAUUUAAAAAGUCACACAGUUUGCUAUUAGCAUGCAUCGGUUAAUAGCUGAUUUGCUGGAGCUUUGGCUUCAGCAAGUAGUGGGAAUUUCCCACUACCCUUGUCAUGGCACAGGAGCAAAAGCCAGUAUUAGCUAAGGAGAAUCCAACCUCCUCACUUUUAUGUGCAGUGCAUUAAGUAAUGGCUAGAAUAAGAUUGGAGAUCAGGGGAAAGACAUGUACAAAUGUAGCUGAAUUCAUAACUAUAUACAAGUGGCUUCUUGCCCAUCUCCCCAAAGUUUGUCCACAUUGUCUCCUCUCCCCCGCCUCAUUCCAAGUAGCUUUUCUGUAGUUUACAGUUCUAUCUCUUACUUUUUUUGUCCACUCUUCUUUCCAAUGAGGUCAUUUUAGCUUCACACAACAAUUCUGUGAUGUUGUUGUAUGACUGGCCUAAGAUCACUUUGUGAGUUUCAUGGCCCCUGUGGUUCAACCCUGAUUCUAACCACUGUCCAGAACUGGCUGUGAUUAAUCAAGGACCGUAAUCCUCACAGUUCACCAACCAAUGCUACAAAGCUUCCUCUACUUUUACACUAUGAUGGAAUCCAAGCUACUUUUGUCCCCAAUGGAUUGUACACCAUACGUGGAUCUCAGACCACUCCAGUAGACAUACUGAAUUCUUAUAAGAGUAGGCUCUCCACAUUCAUUUCAUAAAUGUCCCAGGUUCAUUAAGGGAAGUCUUGCAGCUAUGGAAUCCCCAGUGCUUACACUGGAACCUUGGUGCCCACCAGUGAAUCAGAAUAAUAGCCCUAAGAAAGUUCUUUUGAUUCCUCAUAUGUAAGACUUGUAGCCAGAGGCAGGGAAUGAAUGAACCUAGUAUCAUUAGUGGCAAAGGAGACACAAGACAAAAAGCAAAGCUCACCGGCAUUUAUGCUUCUGAGCAAUUAUAUGGUGGCUGUAUUUUGUAGUUACAUUGAAGUCUGGAACUGGUUUCCAGAAAAGUGCCUUGACCCCUUCCGUUUCCAACACUUUAAAGAAUCUGAUGGAAUCCUUACACUCUCCAUUUCUAAGAAACACAGUCAGUCGCUGUUGGGCAACUGAGGAGUGGGGAUAGGCCUGGAAAACUAGACCUAUCUCAUGAGCCUCUAGUCAUUUGUCUUCCCACAGAAUUAGAGCAACUGGGGGCAGACACUGGAUUCCACUGCGCAUUCUUUGAGAGAAAAGGAACCUGGUCAUUCCCAAGCAAAGUGGGAUCAUGUAGCAGCCAUGGCUAAUUUGUCUGUACCAAACCAAGGCAAGGUAGGAUGGAUUAAGCAACAGAGAAUAACAAUUUACAAAACAUAAAUGGCAUAAUUUAUUUUAAAUCACCGUUUGUCUGAUGAUUUCUGUUGUUUUCAAGUGGGUAUUCUAUUCUAUUGUUAUUCCUCAGAUAAUUGUAUUUCAUGCAGCUGUAUUUGAAAAGUACUGUAAAAUCAAAUGUAACUGUAAAAAGAGGAGUUAUUCAGGUGCAUUAUUUCAUGAUGUGUUUGUUUCCAAAUAUGUCCAAGUGACUAUUUGAUUAUGAAUUCAUUUGGAAUGUUGUUGUUCAGGUUUCUUUACAAAAAAGAAAAUCAAAGUCAUGUAUGUUUAAGAAAGUGGGGAAGGGAAACAGAAAAAAAUUAAGCUUUUAUUUAUAUAUCUAUUAAAAUAGUUUAUU